UCCGUCGGUCUGGCAGGGCUCAACGACGUCGGACCCAGUCGACAACGCCGUCUUGUUCUAUUUGCACACUGUCUGGGUCGAUACGCACACUACUUGAAGCCGGGCGACACCCUGUCCUUCCCGCAAACCCCAGAUCUUGCCCCAGUUUCCGCCGUCUUUCCUUUCUCUAGUUCGCUCGUUACCCUCCCUCUCCAAUGUCCUCUCCAUCCUCUCCAACAUCCUCUGAGCCAACUGUCAGCAUAGAGCGCAUUACGAGAAGAGUCAGACCCGCUGCCCUCGAAUUUCAGAACUCUCAGAGCUCAGAUGAAGCGCGCCCAGACCACGGAGGUGACGCUUCUCAGGUGAAUACAACCGCGAUUCGCGAGGUUGAUUGCGUCCUGACAACGCUCGAAUCCAAGCCUGUCCUGCACGUAUCGGGAAUAGAAUACCAGGAUGAAGAGACAGAGCCCGGCCUGCCUCGUUCAGCGUCGGCGACCUCGUCUCUCGAUCCUUACUACUUUGGUGUGAGCACGCCUUCCGACUCCCCAGACCUGUCCUCUUCUCCGAUGCCCAUGCCCCCGUCGCUCUCGCUCAAGACUCCAGAGCUCGGCCCCUUCAAAGAUCCGGUUACACCGCACAAGGAUCCGACCACCAUCGACCGCCGCGGCCUUGUAGGUGUUGGAGAACUCACGACCCCGCGCUGGGUGCGGGGACACGACCAUAGAGACGAGGUGGAUGUGAACCAGCAGCUUGUUGAGGAGGAAGAGGAGGAGGAGUUCAACGACGAUGUGGAUGAGGACAAGCUGCCGGACCUACCUGACAGCCCGUGGACCAUCGAGGCUAUCGACGGCGAGCUGGACGACGCAGACGAGUUUUUUGACGUGCAGCCCCCGUCACACUCGCUACGAAGCAAGCGUUCCAUCGCAGACGAAAGCGGUGGCGAAGAAAUUCUAUAUCCACGUCACCCGAUACCCCCGCUUCCCAAAGUGGCGCAGACCGCAGGCAACGAGCUCUCGCCUGCUGUCCAGAAGACGUCUUCGGGCGAAGCAGCCGGCCCGCCGAGCGCCUUCGUCGCGCCUGACCGGCAGCGACCCAGAAAGCGCACCUCUGACGAGUUCGAGAUGGACUACAACACCGGCAUCGUGUCCUCCAAGCAUACAUCGACGUCUUCGGCGAGCAGCCUCAAGGACAAGGACAAGGUGCGACGGCAUAGGAGCCUUGGUCCUGGUGUCUCGUCGUCGAUCGGUUCGACUUCAAAACCCAGCGAUGCGCGGAGGGAGACGCUGUCGGCUGGCGUCCACCACCAAAGACAGAUAUCAGCGAGUGCGUCCUCUUCAAGCCAUGGGGAGUCGCAUCACUCUCGCCGCCUGCAUACAUCCGACUAUUCGCACCUGCCACCUUCUCCUGGAUCCUCCUCUAUCCAGCAGUUUUUGCGCCACACCAGCACGAGCAGCACGGCAGCCAGCCCUGCUGCUAAAGACCAGGCUGGACACUCGGCCGCGAACGUGGCACAUUCGUUACUUCGUGGCACCCAGGAAGGCUGGUCCGACAUGGACGAUCAGGCGACAGUGGAAGUGCUUCGGAAGUUGGAUGGUGUUUCAGGCAAGAGUGCGCGCGCUCGCUCAAGUAUCGGUGCACAUAGCAGGAUGGGUAGUGGUAGCCGGUCGAGUACGCCAGCGAAGGCCAAUGGACAAUGGGAGGGCAUUGAGAAUAGGCGUUCGAGCAGGAUCGGCAGCUCUCAUGGUUCUAUCUCGGGCAAGGACAAACUCAAGGAUCAUACCACACCUCAGCGCGGUGUUGGCCUGGGCAUUGCGGACGCAUCCAUGGAAACCGAGGCAAAUGGCGUGGACGAGCAUAGUUCUCCCGCUCCCGAGAAGGCCAAGAAGCAUACAUCCAUGAGCCAGCGCACGAGCUUUACCCCUAAGCGCGGCUCGGCCUCGUCGACGACUUACACCAGCACACCCACGACUUCGUCGCGCGACUCGGCCUCAUUGUCAGCUGCCACUAGCGCAACAUCCGUUUCUGCUGCCUCGGGCCGUCAAUCGAACACCAAGGCCAGGCGGAAUAGUGCUGGCAGUGAUAUCUCGAGUGGUCAUUCCGUUGAUGCAACAUCUCUCCGUGAUCGUGCAGCUGCAUUGGCUGCGCCUGCAGACAUUGUCGAGGAACACAUUGUCCCACCGGUCCCGCCUUUGCCGAAAGAUCUUUCCACGUUGAAAUCGCUUCCAUCGAACAAUGCAGGAGUAGCCUUUCCUUCCUCGGACGAAGACAGGCCUCGCCACGUACCCGAGUUGGACCCUGCGCCGUCCUUGGGGGUGCCUUCGCUUUCAGCGCCACAGAAACACCAUUCUUUGAAGUCGACUACACCUACGACCACAGGCACAAACAAGGCGCCGUCUAAGAAAUGGAGUUUCUCAAACCCCUUGGGCAAGAAGCUGGCCACAUCGCCGUCCCAGUCGUCUAUGAAGGAGUUGAAGUCCUCUGCUGGAUUGGCCCUGAGUCCUCGUGCCCUUAGCUUUACUCAGCAGCUGCGCAAGUCGACAUCCAGGGAGCAGCCCAAGUCACCUUCGCAGCGUAAACAAUCUCAAGAUGAGUGGAUGAACAUCAACGUCGAUGCAAUGGGGUCUGCGUCUUCGCUUGUCUCUCUGUCCUCAAUCGGUUCUGUUCAGCCGAUCUCCCCUCCUGCUUCUGCACUUCCGCCGAUGUCGACGUCUAAAACUCCUGAUCGUCACGUACCUAGCCGCUCUGAGACGGCUUCGAGCUCUAGCACAAAUCUCACGGCUUCACUCCCACCAGUGGCUCAGCAGACGCCUCUUAGUCCCUCGUCUUCGAUCCGCAGGGGGACCUCGUCUAAGCGGUUGACGCCGUCAUCAAUACCCUUCUUCCGUCGGUCAUCAUCACAGUCCAUGCAGAUGCCACCACCCGGCGUGCCCUCAACUUCUCCCACGUAUUCUUCGAGUUCCCAUUUACGUCCCCCUAGCGUCACGUCUCCAGUAAAAGAUUCACAACUCGUAUCGCCGAUACACCAGACUACUGUACAGCAAAAGAAGUCGUCCGUCUUCGGGUUACCGGCGCUUCUCAAGGGCUCGAGCUCCAGGCGGAGUCUGCAUUCUGACAAAGAGAAGAGCGAUUCACGAAGUGGAAAAGACGAGGGUCGCACGACGGAUAAGGAGAAGCAGAAGAAAGAGGAUAAGGAUCGCAGCGAGAGUAGGAUUUCCGUUUUGAUGGGACGCAAGCGGGGCAAGGUGCGUGGCUGCCUUUCUU